CUGACUUUUAUCCACUUUCCUGACGUUUUGUCCCAGUCCUGUGGGCUGUGCACAGUUUUCUGUGUAGUCUCCUGCUGUGUUUCUUUCUUCAAUCCUUCUCCCGCUUUUCUAUUUUAUGCCAUCAGCUUCAAAGUUCAAACGGCGAUUUUCAAGGGCUUUUUGGUCAUUUCAUCCUCUUAACCCCAUCUCCAUCAGAAACGGUUUCUUCAUAACCUGAACACUGUGCUUUUGUUGCAGAGUAGUCAAGUAAUGGAUGACAACGGCGAAGAGAAAUUGAUGGCGAUGGCGCGUCACAUAGCCAAGACUCUUGGCCACAAUGAGUCCAUGGCUGAUGACAUUUUUCAGAUAUUUUCCAACUUCGACGGUAGGUUCUCUCGCGAUAAGUUGUCGGAGAAAAUAUCUGGAGCUGCCGGUGACGAUUUGAGAGACUCUGCCUCUCUCAAACAGACUCUUGAUUAUUUGGAACGUCAGGUAUCUCAGUACGUGGUCGCCGAUCACCCUAUCUGGUCCGACUCUGUUGAUUCUUCUGCCUUCCUCGAUUCCAUCGACGAAUUAAUCGCCACGAUACGAGACUGGAAUCCUAUGGCGAGCGCAGAUAAAUCCAUCAGCGCGUGUUUGGUACGUGCCGAGGACUUCAUGCAGCAAGCUAUGUUUCGGCUGGAGGAGGAGUUCAGGCUCUUAAUGGAACGUGGUUGCGAGUCGUUUGAACUGGCAAGGCCGUAUGGAAAUGGCGAGUCAACGGGAAACGUAUCCCUUGACUCCGAUGAUGACGACGAAGAAGCAAUCAUCACCAAUGGUGAGGACCACAAUCAGAUUCCUGUGGCGCAACCGCUUACCCAUUACAAUAUUUUGAUCGACGCGCUUCCAUCGGGGACGAUCAACGACCUUCAUGAAAUUGCUAAGCGCAUGGUGGCCGCCGGUUUUGGCAAAGAGUGCUCACACGUGUACAGUAGUUGCAGGAGAGAGUUCUUGGAAGAAAGCAUGUCGAGGUUGGGGAUGCAGAAAUUGAGUAUGGAAGAAGUUCAAAGAAUGCCAUGGCAAGACCUUGAGGACGAAAUAGAUAAGUGGAUUAAAGCAGCGAAUGUGGCGCUUCGUAUCCUCUUCCCAAGCGAACGUCGGCUAUGCGAUCGCGUGUUUUUUGGGUUCUCAUCUGCAGCUGAUUUAUCGUUUAUGGAGGUGUGUCGGGGAUCCAUGGUUCAGAUUCUGAACUUCGCUGACGCAGUGGCUAUUGGAAGCCGGUCGCCGGAGCGGUUGUUUAAGCUUCUGGAUUUUUUUGAGACAUUGAGAGACUUAAUGCCAGAUUUUGAGUCUAAUUUCUCUGAUCAAUACUGUUUAGUUCUUCGGAAUGAUGCCGUUGCAAUAUGGAAGAGGUUAGGAGAGGCAAUAAGAGGAAUAUUUAUGGAGCUGCAGAAUUUGAUACGUCGUGACCCAGCCAAGGCUCCCGUGCCUCGUGGUGGGCUACAUCCCAUUACACGGUACGUGAUGAAUUAUCUACGUGCUGCCUGUCGAUCCAGUCAGACGCUUGAACAAGUUUUUGAGGAGAACGUUAAGCUCAUUCCUUCUGAGGAUUCGUCUUCCUCAUUAUCAGUUCAAAUUGCAUGGAUUAUGGAGCUAUUAGAGAGUAAUUUACAGAUGAAGUCGAAGAUUUAUGGUGACUCUGCCUUAUGCUCCCUUUUCAUGAUGAAUAAUGGAAGGUAUAUUGUCCAAAAGGUCAAUGACAGCCAAUUGGGCUCUCUUCUGGGUGAUGAUUGGAUUAGGAAACACACUGCAAAAAUCAAGCAAUUUCAAAUGAGUUAUCAGCGAAGCUCGUGGAAUAAGGUUUUGGGAAUUUUGAGAGCAGAUAAUGGCCCUGCAGCUCCCAAUGUUGGAGGGAACUCAUUGUCUAUGAAAGAAAAGAUGAUGUUCUUUAAUUCCCACUUUGAGGAGACUUGCAAAACUCAAUCCCACUGGAUCAUAUUUGAUGAGCAGCUAAGAAAGGAGUUGAGGAUCUCUUUGGCCAACCUCUUGCUACCAGCAUAUGUAAACUUUAUUAGACGGUUCCAGAAUUCACCAGAACUUGGGAAGCGUGCUGACAAGUAUAUUAAGUACACUCUGAAAGACAUAGAAGCCCACAUUAAUGUUUUGUUUCAGGGAGGUAGUGAAUCAGCUGGAAGCGGAAAAUAAAGGCUUGCAGAGGAAGGAUGGGAUUAAUUUGAUAGCAGAGGGGUCUAUGAAUUAAGGUGAAAUCUUGAUCAUGCAAUGGCUAGUAAAAGCAUGCAAUGCACCUAAGGUUGCAUUCUUCGCUUAGGAAUCCUUUAGGAGAAAAUUUGGAUCAAGACAAUCUCUAAAAUGUGAAUUUACUUGGUGAAUUGAUGAUUUUUAUGUAAAUGUGAUGUAGAAACAGUUUAUUGAUCUUUAACUCUUUCAAUAACAAGAGAUGGAAGUCCAGCCAAGAAUUUCUCUUUUCAAAAAUCAUACUGAUUAUCUUUUCUGGUAAAGAUCAGGGUAAAGAAGGUAUUCUUGUACCAUUUGAAAUGAGACAAGUUUGGGCAUUUCAAAUUCAUUAAUUGCUCUUGUGACCGGUCCAUAUAUAUACUGGCUGGUCCAACAAAAUGUACUCCUAUAGUAUAUAAUAGAGUGUUAAUGCUGUCUUGCACUAUAUUAGUGCAUUUUUA